CUUGUCACUUCACAUAGCGUCCAUUGAACAAUUUGAUUUGGCGAUUACUCAUCCGUGAUACCUGUAGUCACGGUCAACACAUCUACAGCCUCUCAAAAACCUGUUUAAUCAAUUAAAAUACAGUCCAAAUUCGAGGCUCAAGGCUUAAGAUCAUAGAGGUUUACUGAACUUGAUAAUAUCGUUUGAUAUUUUAUUACUUAGACGAUUGGCUACUUGCAUAAAUUCGGUGCCUUACAUGAUGCAAGUUAUAGUAGUCUAGAAAGACAGCAUGUUAACAGGACGUAAUGAUUAUCCCUUUCUGUUCAUGGCUAUGCGCUAACAUUAGUCCGACUUUUACGCGCACUUCUCAAAACCUUCGCUUGUAGUAGGUAGCUUAUCAAAAUUCUAACUAACGUGGUAUGAAACAGUCAGAAAGCGAGGAGCACAAUAUUUACCUAGUUGAGAGCAUUAUAGACAGACGAGUUCGCCGUGGUCGCGUGGAGUACCGUGUUAGAUGGAAAGGGUUUCCUCCGGAGCAAGAUUCUUGGGAACCCUUCACCAGUCUUCGCGAACCAUGCCUUUCAUUAAUUCAAGACUUUCACAUCCGUUACCGCAAACUUCAUCAUGGAAAAAGGCGUUACUCUCUACCCUUGAUUUCUCGUAGUAAGCUUUUGAAGUGUGAAACAGAUGAAUUUCAUGACAUGUCUGUAAAAUUAGAAAAAGAUAGCGAUGACGACUUAGCUGCAGACAAGAGCAGUAUUUCGUCUACCAAAAGCCAACCACCUCCACUUCCUUUUAAGUUAGGUAAGAGAAAUACUGUACGGCCAACGUCGCGUCGUUCUGCUCCAAGUUCAGUAGCCUUAAGUUCGACUAGUUUCUUUUCGUUACAACCGGGAACUUAUUCUGGCCACUCGUCAUCCCUUCCGAGUUCUGAGUCCAGUGUUUCUCAAACACCAUUAGUCUGCGAUCCAGGUGCGUUGUUGAACAUCCAAACACUUGACCGUUCAGAUCAUACGGUACACCCAGAUAAUGGUUGGGUUCCCUGUGAAGUUUCUGGUGCUUCAACUGGUUCAGUAUCUAGUCCUAAUACAAUUCAGGCUGAAGAUGACUGUAAAGUUCCCAUGGAUAAAGUUCCUGUUACCGGACUUUCUAAAAAUAACUGCGGAGAUACUUCACAACGAUUACAAAAAACAUCAAGAUCACUUUCUGACCAAUCAAACCGUAAUACUCCCAAGUCUAGCAAACGCAAAUUGCAGCCCAAUGAUGGUGCUGGUAAACAAAAUGAUUCAGCAUCUGCAAAUCAGCAAGUCUCUCAAAACUUCCUGAAGGGAGAUAAGAAUGUAGGUAACUUCACUACCUCUGAUACCCAAGAAAAUUCUAUCCUCGGGCAAACACGUAAAUCUGUUACGAUUAUGCUAAAGGCUUCUCCCACACAUGAGUUUCAGAGCACUAGAUCUCUCCACCGCAGUAAUUCACCAAACUCUAAAUCUCUUCCUACUACUGCCUCUAAACCGGUUUCCAAAAAGCGCAUUCAGCCUACUAGUGCAACUUCAAAGCCGGAACUAGAUGUUGAUACUUCCGAAUCCCUACCAUCACGUGAAGAUCAAUCUCUCAUAUCUGAUUCUAUCAUAUCAAAAGUCAUGAAUAUCGUUGUUCAUCUGAAAAACUUAAGAAGACGCCCUGUACAAGAGAUUGUCCUGGCACUUUGCCAAAAGCACCAUAGUAUUCCUGAAAGCCUCGUUUUAUCUUCUCUAGAUAUCUUAGUUACACGAGGUCACUUACACCGUGUUGAGUCAGCCAAGGGUAUAUCUUAUCGUUCCAACCCUUUUGUUGUGGCUCGGGGGGACCUAAAGAAGCCUGCAUCUCUAUCAGCCAAAAUUAAAGCCAAAUAUAAUGGUGGAGUGAAUGGAAAACGACCCAAGUGCACGACGUCUGCUGUACCUGAGCCUAAACGACCGGAUUCAGUGGAGUCACCAAGCCAUUCUUUAUCUAAAAUUGCACGAACUGAUCCAUCAACCAAUGUUCACCAGCGCUCUAGUCGGAGAUCUGUAACAUAUGGAUCAGUGGCUUCUGAAAAAUCCAAUACGCACUGUUCUUGUUAUUCAGAUAUCAAUGGAAAAAUCUAUUUCAAUCAGUCUUCUGUUAUUGUGGAUGAUGUACAAGUAAAUCAGGAUCAUACCAUACAUCUUAACGGAGGAGAUUAUUCAAUGAGUGUUAAAUCACCACCAAAUAUUCUUCAACAAGGCACCAAGAUAUUUAUUGUACCUCCGGCUAGUCCAUUAAAUGAAACAACUUUUGAAAGUCAAAUGAAUAACUUACCAUUUCAUCGAUCUGAGCAACCUAAUCAAAGUUCAUGUAAUAAUUUGAGUUCUACAUCAGGGUCCAAUCUCGAUAGUUCAAGCAUUCCACAAACAAAUUCAAGACGUAGUAAUCGACAAGUCGAUGGUUAUAAAUUCAAAUCGAUUUGGGUAAAGAAAAAUGUACAAGGUGGAUUUACAGAAGUUUGGUUACAAUCACCUGGUUCUUUUCUAAAAAAUGGAUUCACAAUUCAGGUCCUUGAAGAAUUAACCAUUGUUUUGAACCGAGCAACACAUGAUACAAGUCGUUUAAUCAUGAUUUCUGGGACAGGAACUGUGUUUAGCUCCGGAAUAGACUUGACAACAAUUACGGGCGAUCUUUUAAGAAGUGCAUUUAUUGGUCCAUCUUCAUGUGAUUCAUCUCGCAGUUCAUCCUCAAGUUCAGCCAAUGUAUUCGCUUCACGUAAUUCAAAUCAUCAUAAAAUUGGAGCUGAUAAUUCAAAAUCACAUCAUUCUGAUAAUACAAAUUGUUCAUUUUCUCAAACUAACUAUGACUCAAAUUUAAAUUCAUCAUCUCACAGAAAUGCAAAUAGAGUUCAUUCAUUUUUCUGCUCACCAAAUGCUUCAAAUGUCGGACGUCUAGCGGCAGCUUUAAGGUCAUUUUUAUUGGCAUUAGUUUCAUUUCCUAAACCUGUUGUAGUUGGUGUAAAUGGUCCAGCAUUAGGACUUGCUGUUGCUAUAUUACCUUUGUGUGACAUUGUUUACAUAAGUGACUCAGCUACAUUUUAUAUGCCAUAUACUCGACUUGGUCAAAUCCCUGAAGGAGCAUCAACUUACACCUUAAACAGUCUUGUUGGUAUGCCUUUGGCAAACGAACUAUUAUUAGCAGGUCGUAAAUUGUCCGCACGUGAAGCUUUACAACGAGGUUUAGCUUCUGAUCUUUUGUUCCCCAAAAGUUUUAAACAAGAACUACUUCUCCGUUGUCGAAAAUUAGCCGAAAAUUCGUGUAUGUCAUUGGAAAUCACUAAAUGUAUGAUGAAAAUGCAACAUCGUGAACGUAUUGAAUAUGUGAUUAAUGCCGAAUGUAAAAAACUAUUAGAAUGUUGGCAAACUGCAGAAUUUCGUUGUACAGCUAUGGAGUUCAUUUUAAAUGAAAUGGAUGAUUUUGUGUAAAUAUACUGUCUUGUUCUACUUUUCCGUAUUCAAUUAUCUCAUAUAUAACACGAUAAAUUAUUACUGUUACUAAAACAAUUAUUGUCAUCGUCAUACAUUAUUAUUCUAUGUUAAUAUAACGUUCUAUACAAUAAAGUUUAUGCAAUCAUACACACUAGUGUUAUUCCCGUGUGUGACAUUCCAUAUUCUUUCGUUUUUAUAUAAUCAUACAUAACAUGUAUCAGUUUUAUAUAAUCAUUAUUAUAAUAGAACCAUAUCUGUAUAUUUUUGUUUGGUCUUUCACAUUUCCUGCUUUUACGUUCUACUUCGUUUUCGAAACAGUAGUUCGCUUUUAAAACUAUCAUCCUGUUCACCCAUACUUCCUGUUUAUCUUGCCAUUCUAUCCCUUUUAAAUCAUUGAUGAUUUUAAUGAUUGUAAAAUUUACAUUUCUCUUCCUGUAUGUGUCUGGACGUGUACAUAUUUGUGUACUUUAUCUUCCACUAAUGUCGUUGAAAUGCAAG